AUGGCCACAGAAAUGGGAGACUCGGAAUUACAUCUCCUUGCAAAAUUAAUCAAUCUGCUGACCAAGAACUGUGAUCCUCGGGGGUCAUUUACAUGCCCUCGCUGCACCGGCAGAUAUAGUCCGUGUGUUUAGUAGAUCACGUUUUUGGCGAAGAUGCUUUUUAGCAGAGCACGUCUGUCGGAACGCGAAAGAACAGGGGCAAGCGGCUCUAAUAAUUUCAGGUGCAACGUGAAAGAUGACAACGAGUGAGAAAACAGCGUAGGAGUUGCGUAAGAAUAUGGGACACAGCUACUUACCUAGCACCAAGAAAUGGAUUGGCGAACAACAGACAAGAAAUGCUGACGAGAAACUAAACUAGUUUCACGGGACAAGAACGUUGUUGCGAAAUCAUUGUUAUCCACAGUAAAAGUGAAAACACUCUCCGACAUUUCUCCUUCAGAUCCUCGGACACGCACACGGCUUUGAAAGGACAGGCCUGCUAGUUGUAUGAGAGUAGUUCUGUCGACUCUUUUUUCGGGACGAGGAAGUCAUCAGGGAUAUCUUAGGCGGUUUGCCGAAUAGAUUCGCACCAUCAGCAUCAGAACAGCGGCGCGCUGUGAGGGCGGUGCUAUCUUGUCUCGUCAAUGGUAGAGAAUGACCACCAGAGACGCCUGAUGAUGAUGAGGACUCGCGCAAUGAAUAACCAGAGACGCUUGGUGAUGAUGAGGACUUCUAGAACAAUGAAUAGUGCGCAGUUCCUUCUUCAAUAGAUGAUUGCAGAUGUACAAAGGGGGGUGUUCACGCGUGCGGCGACAGUGCUCUCAAG